AACGUAUUGUGUUCUCCAAUCAGAUACAAGAUUCAACCACUCUUUAACUGAAAAAAAAAAAAAAAAAGAAGAUUCCUAUCAACAUCACUCUCGUCAUUCACCGGCUGAUAUCCAAAAACACCGGACCAUAACCAUGACACGUCUCUCCGUCGGCGUUCCUCUUCUCCUUCUCUUCCUUGCGCUGAUCGCCGUCUCCGCCGCAAGAAACAGACCUGACGAUAUUAUCAAACUCCCCUCGCAAGCUUCUCGGUUCUUCCGUCCUGCUCAAGACAACGACGAUGAUUCUAACGCCGGUACUAGGUGGGCUGUUUUAGUCGCCGGAUCGAGCGGAUAUGAUAAUUACAGACAUCAAGCUGAUGUAUGCCAUGCUUAUCAACUUCUGAGGAAAGGUGGGUUGAAAGAUGAGAAUAUUGUGGUAUUCAUGUAUGAUGAUAUUGCAUACCAUCACGCGAAUCCAAGGCCUGGAACCCUUAUCAACAGCCCUCAUGGCAAAGAUGUUUAUCAAGGAGUUCCCAAGGAUUACACUGGAGAUGAUGUUAAUGUUGAUAAUUUAUUUGCUGUCAUCCUUGGAGACAAAACUGCUGUCAAAGGUGGAAGUGGCAAAGUUGUGGAUAGUGGUCCAAAUGAUCAUAUCUUUAUAUUCUACACUGACCAUGGUGGUCCUGGAAUUUUAGGCAUGCCGACUUAUCCUUACUUAUAUGCAAAUGAUCUCAACGAUGUUCUGAAGAAGAAACAUGCUUUAGGAACCUAUAAAAGCUUGGUGUUUUAUCUUGAAGCUUGUGAAUCUGGAAGUAUCUUUGAAGGGCUUCUUCCAGAGGGUUUGAACAUCUAUGCCACAACUGCAUCAAACGCUGAAGAAAGCAGUUGGGGUACUUAUUGCCCUGGAGAUGAACCUAGUCCUCCACCCGAGUAUGACACUUGUUUAGGUGACUUGUACAGUGUUGCUUGGAUGGAAGAUAGUGGUGUGCACAAUUUACAAACUGAGACUCUGCAGCAGCAAUAUGAACUUGUGAAAAGGAGGACUGCACCUACUGAGUACUCUUAUGGUUCUCAUGUCAUGCAAUAUGGCGAUGUAGGACUUAACAAGGAUCUGCUAGACCUUUAUAUGGGAACAAACCCUGCCAAUGAAAAUUUCACCUUUGUGGACACGAAUUCACUGAAGCCGCCUUCAAGAGUUACAAAUCAGCGUGAUGCAGAUCUUGUCCAUUUUUGGGAAAAGUACCGAAAAGCACCAGAAGGUUCAGCUAGAAAAACAGAAGCUCAGAAGCAACUACUUGAAGUCAUGUCUCACAGACUUCAUGUUGACAAUAGCGUGAUGCUCGUUGGAAAAAUCUUGUUUGGUAUUUCGGAUGGUCCUAUAGUGCUAAACAAAGUACGUUCUGCUGGGAAACCGCUAGUUGAUGACUGGAGCUGCCUCAAAAAUAUGGUGAGAGCUUUUGAGAGGCACUGUGGAUCGCUGUCUCAGUACGGUAUGAAGCACAUGAGGUCUUUUGCAAACAUCUGCAACGCAGGGAUCCAAAUGGAGCAAAUGGAGGAGGCAGCUUCACAGGCUUGUACCACAAUCCCACCUGGUCCUUGGAGCUCGCUUCGCCGCGGAUUCAGUGCAUAAAACCAUACACCCUCUUCGCAUUUGUUUAUACCACCAAUCGUCAUAGACAAAAUAUUCUUAUGUCGAUUAGUAUACUGGUUCAAUCCAUUAUCCUCUCUGUAAAUGUCACUAUCAUUUCCCUCUUCAGUGUAUAAUUAUUUCAAAUUAUCCAUGUACCUUGUACAAAUGCUUGUAGAACUAAAGUUAAUGUAUAGAUUAUUAUACUAUAGAAGGUUUGCUUAUUA